ACACCAUGGCCACCUCGCCAACAGUACUCAUCAUCGGCUGCGGAAUUGCCGGCCCCGUGCUGGCCAUUCUACUCAAACAACGAGGCUAUGCGCCCAUUGUGUUCGAGAGGGUCAGCGCACUCGGCGAGGCGGGCGCAUCGCUCCUCAUCCAGCCCAACGGAAUGAAGGUCCUCAGUCUCCUGAAGAUAGCCGAGUCCCUCGAUCAGGAAUUCCAACCGCUGCGCGGAUACUGGCACGGCACGCCCGACGGCCACACCCUCGCGUCUUCGGGCCUGGCUGGGGAAUUUAAGACGCGAUACGGGUUUUCAGCCGUAGGCAUCCGACGCUCCGAGCUGAAUCUCCGCCUCGAAGCCCUGCUCCUGGAUCAAGGAAUCGAGGUCCGCGAGGGAUGGGAAUUGCUCCGCAUCGAGGAGCACGGGAACUCCGUCACGGCCAGGUUCACCAACGGGCAGUCGAUGACCGGCUCGUUCCUCGUGGGAUGUGAUGGGAUCAAGGCCGCGUCACGGCGGGAGAUCCUUCGAAACCACCACGACAGCAAGGAGGGCCCUCCGAUGUUCACGGGCUUGACCCAAACCGCGGGCAUCUCGCCCACCCCGGCGGCCCUGCAGGACCGAGCAGGGCAGAUGAGUAACUGGUACGGCGAGGGCAUCCAUGUCAUCGCGUAUCCGGUCUCCAAGACGCAUACCUCCUGGGCAGUGACGCUACCGGACGCGAAUGAGCAGCCGGAAACGUGGAGGCUGUCCGGUGCAGAGGAACUCGCGGCGCGGCGCGGCGAACUGCAGGCUCAACUGGCUGGCUUCGAGCCCGCGGUCUUGCAGCUGGUCACUGAUGCGGAACGUUUGAUCAAGUACGGCUUGUUUGAUCGGGAGGAAUUGACGGCGGAGCAGUGGUAUUCACGCCGAUGCGUGUUGGUGGGCGAUGCUGCCCAUCCUACCAGUCCGCAUAUCGGACAGGGGGCGAACCAGGCGCUGGAGGAUUGCUAUCACCUUUCACAUCUGCUCCCAGACCUCCAGCAAAGCUCGAUAUCCGCCGCAGAGACCACGCAGCUGAGGGAUGUGAACCUGAUCGAGAUAUUCCGAGCCUUCGCACAGCUCCGUCAACCACGCACAUCAAAGUUGGUGAAGGAGGCGCGACGCCAGGGCGAGCAGCGGGUGGUGGUGGGCGGGCCGACCAGAUGUCGUGAACGAGAUGCUCGUAUCGCGGUAGCGUGGAAGGAUUCGGAGGUGUUGUUGGAGAAUUUCGACCGGUUGCUGCGGGAGCCCUUCUAG